AUGGCGGACGGGGAGAGAUCGCCGCUGCUGCCGCCCGAGGCGGGGCCGGGGCCGGGCGGGGCCGCGGCCUCCGGCGGCGGGGGGGAGCCGGCCCCGCCCCCUUACUCGCCAUUGGGUAGCCCCGAGGCGGUGGGGGCGGGGCCCCCGGCGGUCACGUGCCGCGUGUGCCAGCGGCCAAUCAGCGUCGAGGGCAAGACGCACCAGCACGUGGUGAAGUGCGGGGGCUGCGGGGAGGCCACGCCAAUCCGUACGGCCCCUGGCGGGAAGAAAUACGUGCGGUGUCCCUGCAACUGCCUGCUGGUGUGCAGGGCCUCGGCCCAGCGCAUCGCCUGCCCUCGGCCAUACUGUAAGAGGAUCAUCAACCUGGGCCCGGUGCAGACGGGAGCCCCCAGCCCGGACCCUCCCCCUGGCGGGGUGCGCGUGGCCUGUGCUCACUGUGGGGGUCCCUUCCUGUGGGCGGAGCUCCCCGACCGCUCCCUGGCCCGCUGCCCCCACUGCCGCAAGGUGUCUGCGAUUGGCCGGCGCUUCCCGCGGCGACGCUGCCUCUGCUGCCUGCUGGGGGCGCUGUUGAUGGGCGGGGCCGCAGCCGGACUGGCGGCCGGGACGUGGUGGCUGUGGCGCCGGGCGCGGUGGGUGCCGGCGGCGUGGGCGGUGCUGGGCGCGGGGGCGGGGGCGUGUCUGCUGCGCGCGGCCUAUUGGGGCUGCGUGCGGGUCAGCCAGCCCCUCCCCCCGCGUGCCUGACCAUGCCCACGCACCUGGGACAAGCCCACUGGAGGACGCCCCACCCGCACAGACACGCCCCUUCGUCAUGGGACACGCCCCUUCAUCACGGGACACGCCCAUGGCCGUGGCCGUGGUGCGGGAUACGCCUCCCACGUGAUGACGUCACAUGGUCACGCUGUUGGCUAUUGGACAGUUCUGCCAUUCCCGGACCGGCCCCUCCCUCCAGCAUGACCCCGCCCCCUCCUGCAUGCCUUGGCCCCGCCCCCUGUACAUAAGCCCUGCCCACUGUACAGUGCUAUUUAUUUGAUGGCCACGCCCACCAGAGGCGGCCUUGUAUGUAAAUAAACCGAAAG